AUGGAAGGUGCCAAGGUAUAUGGUGCCAAGGUAUAUGUCCCUGACGCCAAGGCAGUCUGGGCGCCGGCGACGGUCAUGCGCGUCGAAGAUGGCGGCAAGCGGCUGCUGGUGCGCAUCCUCGAUGAAGCCACCAUGACGAGCGCCGACAAGUGGAUCGACCUGCGCGACGAGGGCAUGCCCGAAGCCCUCCCGCUGCAGAACACCCACGAGACGAAGGAUGGCUCGACGAUGCAGCGCGACGUGGGCGUCGAAGACAUGUGCUCGCUCAACCAUUUGCACGAGGCCGCGAUCCAGUGCCCGUACACGUACACGGGCAGCAUCGUCGUCGCCAUCAACCCAUAUGCGUGGCUCAACCUCUACUCGAAGGAGACGCAGCGGCUGUACGCUGGCGACCGGUCGGGCCUCCCGCCGCACGUUUACGCGACGAGCGCCGCGGCGUUCGAAUCGAUGGCCCUCUACGACCGCCCGCAGAGUAUCCUCGUCAGCGGCGAGUCGGGUGCUGGCAAGACCGAGACCGUCAAGAUCAUGAUGGAGCACAUUGCGAGUCUGAGCACCGACCCCAACAUGAGCAUCAUCGACAAGGUCCUCAAGUCCAACCCGCUCCUCGAAGCCUUUGGCAACGCCAAGACCGUUCGGAACGACAACUCGAGUCGGUUUGGCAAGUUUACGCAGCUGCAGUUUGACGCGGACCAGCGCAUGGUCGGCGCCAAGUGCAGGCACUACCUCCUCGAGAAGUCCCGCGUCAUCUAUCAAGCCGCGUCCGAGCGUAAUUACCACAUCUUUUACCAGCUCAAGGCGUCAAAGGAGCCCGAGUGGGCGCUCUCGGAGACGACGUUUACCUACCUUCGCGACGACGCGCCGCCGCUGCUUCUAGACGGCGAGACAGACGCCGCACGGUACCAGACGACCCGAGAUGCGCUCUCCACGAUCGGCGUCUCGGUCGACGAGCAAAUGGCGCUCCUGAAUGCGCUCGCCGGCAUCCUGCACCUGGGGCAAGUGGCGUUUGCGUCCAAGGCCGAGAACGCCGAAGAGUGCGCGCCGAUCACGGCGUCGCCGCAUUGGGCGCACGCGUGCCGCCUCCUUGGGUUCCAAGCCGACCCGACGGCCCUCGGCAGCGCGCUCUGCAGCCGGACCGUCAAGGCGCGCAUGGAGGUGUACGUCGUCCCGUUGACGAUCGACCAAGCGACGGCGAACCGCGAUGCGCUCGCGAAAGAAGUGUACGCGCGCCUCUUCAAGCACCUCGUCCAGCGCGUCAACGAGAGCAUCUCGAACGACGACGCGACGGUCGGGCACAUGGAUCUGCUCGAUAUCUUUGGCUUUGAAGCGUUCGAGACCAACCGGUUUGAACAGUUUUGUAUCAACUUUGCCAACGAAAAGCUGCAGCAAAAGUUUACGCACGACGUCUUCAAGAGCGUCCAGGACGAGUACACGCGCGAAGGCCUCGGGUGGACGUACGUGAGCUUCCGCGACAACCAAGACAUGCUCGACAUGCUCGAAGCGCCUCUUGGCGUCAUCUCGCUGCUCAACGAAGAGUGCAUUCGACCCAUGGGCAACGACCUCGCGUUCUGCUCCAAAGUGCUCUCGAGUCACGACGCCAACCCACGUUUGGACAAGCAGCGCGCGCGGUUGAGUUCGGCACACUUUGCCUUGCGGCACUAUGCAGGCACGGUCAUGUACAACGUGGAAGCGUUCGUCGACACAAACAAGGACGCGCUCUCGUCCGACGUCGUUGCGCUCCUUGGCGCGAGUGGCAAUCGCAUCCUCACGAGUGUCUUUGAGCCGUCGCCGAGCAAGAAACCGAGUGGCCUUGGCGGCCGUCGCAUGUCGACUGCGUCGUUUAUGGGCGAGACGGUCAUUUCCAAGUUCAAGGCGCAGCUCACGGGCCUCAUGGCCGACAUUAGCGAUACGCAGACGCACUACAUUCGGUGCAUCAAGCCCAACAGUGCGAAAUCGAGCACGCUCUUUGAUGUGCAUGGCGUCAUUGAGCAGCUGCGCUGCGCCGGCGUCGUCGAAGCCAUUCGCAUUUCGCGCGCGGCCUUUCCCAACAAAAUGUCGCACGAGCGCUUUCUCCAGCGCUUCUUUGUCAUGUGGAAGGACGACGCGCCGCCGAAAUCCGGGGCCACCGUCGCGACUGCGUGCGUCACGGUCGCGUCGGGCCUCUUGAACGCGCCCGAAUCCAAAGACACGUUUGUCAUGGGCUCGCACCACAUGUACUUUGCCGCCAACGUUCUCGAAGACCUCGAGCACCGUCGCAUCCUCUUUGUGCAAGACCGCGCGAUCGCGAUCCAGCGCGUCUUCAAAGGGUACCGCGUGCGCAAGAUGUUCACGCGCGUGCGAUCGGCCAUUGUCCGCCUGCAGGCCAACUUUCGCUGUCACCAGCGCCACCGCCGGUUCCAGCUCCACAAGCUGUACACGAGCGCGGUCGUCUUGCAGCGCAACUGGCGAACGUACAAGGCCCAGAAAGCGUACCUGCGUCUCCGCGCGGCCGUUCUCGCGAUCCAAGGCCAAAUCAAACAACGCGCGCUGGAUGCUAAGCGCAAGCUCGAGGCGGACGAGCUCGCGAAGCAGCAGAGCAUCGAGCACGAACUGCACGUGCUGCAACUGCGCUUGGACGAAGAAAAGGCCAUGCGAGCGCAAAUGGAAGCGGCCAACUCGACGCUCCAGCAGCAGCUCCAAGACGAGCAACGACCGUCGUCGCUCGCACGUGGCAGCGCCGACGACCUCUCGCUUUUGGACGACUCGGGCCGCAUGCUCGCGACGCUGCAAAUGCAAGUGACCAAGUGGCGUGACCUCCACGCGUCGGCGUCCCAUGAGCUCGAGGGGCUUCGCUCGGAAAACAAGCGCAUCAAGGAAGCGUACACGGCGGCUGGCGCGUCAUUUGCAGCGCUUAACCAGCACAACAAGCAGCAAUCGAAAGCGAAUCUGCGACUCAUGAGCACGCACGCAGCGCUCAUCAAGAGCCAAGAAGAGAAGAUGAAGAAGUACAUCAAGCAAGUCCACGACCUCAAGGAAGAGGUCCGGCUCUCAAAAGCUUCGACGCUCCACGACGAGAGCACGCAAGAUCAUGUGCUCCACGUGCUUCGAGACGCCCGCGUAUCGCCCGAUGUCCUUGCCAAAGUCCGCGCUUGCUUCGACGGCAGCGCGCCACCCAUGACAACGACGCACGAGUUGGAGAUGGACGACCGGCACUCGGACGCGUAUUCGAUCGGCGAAGGCUCGACGGCGACGACGGCGGCGACCAACUGGGCCCACCCGCAGGCCAAGAUGCGCCAGUCGAGCGCAAGCUCCAUGUACUACGACGACGAGAAGCAGCGCAAGUCCAAGAUUGGCGGCAUGUUCAAAAAGAUGUUCAAGAAAGACGAGUAG